AUGGAGGCCUCGCCGUCUCGCAGCGACAGCUUCUCCCGCGCGUGGCUGGGCUGCAGGGCGUCCAUCGAGCGUCUCGACGCCGACGCCGACGCUGGGCUCGGGUGCUCCUUCAACAGCUCCACGCCCUUCAUCGACAUGGACCCCGCGGAGCUCUUCUCCAUGCGGUGGACGUCCUCCGCCGCAGCGCCGGCGGACGAUGACGAGGAGGCUGCCGAGUUCGACUUUGGCCAGCUGACGUGCGCCGGCGCGCAGUGCUUCUCCCCGCUGCUCGUCGGCGCCGGACAGCCCCUCCUCCCGUACGAGCCGAGCAUCGUGUCCUACUCCUACACCAACGCGUCGUCGCCUGCUUUCUACUCCGCGCAGAGCACGCCGGCCUCCGCGGCCAGCUCGCGCCGUCGUGGCCAGCACGCGCCAGCGCCGCUGGUGGCGACGCGGAGGAUACUGCUCCGGUACCUGCGCCUCCUGGCGCCGCUGUGCCGGAAGGUGAGGGCGCUGCCGGUGCGUGCGCUCGCGCCGCGGUCGUCGUCCAGGGCUGCCGCCUCCGCCGCGGCGACGUCGUCCCCGGCGCGGCAGUCCACGUCCAGCUACGUGAGCGCCACGGAGUACUGGUGCCACGGCCACGCCGACACCGCCGUCAGCGACGCCAUCCUCUACUGCAAGAAAUCCAUCCAGGGACGGCAGGAUGCCGUGUAG